AUGGUCGGACGGCUCACGCUGUACGUGCUAAUCCUCAUCAACGGCGCCAUGAUUCUCACCGCGAUGCUCAUUGGCAUUCUGGCCGCCGACCUCUGGGCAUUUACGCUCUUCUUCCUCUACGGCAGCCACUGGAUCGCCUCAGCGCUCAUCACCUUCCUGCCCAUGGUAACAGUCUCAACACCGCGCAUCGACGAGGACAAAACUCCACACUAUGCAGCAUACGAGCGGCCCGAGGGCGGCACCGUCAUCUUCAAAGGCCCCAAGGAAAACAUGGAAGCCUGGGCGCGCACAACCUGGAAAUACGAGCCUUCCACUCUGCAAACCCUCCUCCACUGGGCGUACAUGACAACAGGAGCGCUGGCCGCUUUUGCAUCGAUCGCCUGCAUGGUGAAUAUGCGCGGGUACCUACAGCUCGCGUUCCUCGCGGUCCUCGUCUACGCAACAAUCGCCGAGAUCAUCGCAACCAAGGUCUCGCGCUGGCUGCAGACUAAAUCGAUGGGACAUGUCCAGCACGCUCUACUGACCAACAACGAAAAGCGCACGCAAGGGAUCAUCUCGGCCACUGUGGCGGUUCAGCCGAUCUGCCGCCUGGAAAAGUUCGAUUGGAUCGGCAUGGGGCUGCUCCCGCCUCUUCCCGCGUUUACGGCAAUGCAGGUCGCUCUUGAGGAGAUAAACAAGUUCCAAAAGAAGGUUGAGAAGGCAGGAGUGGGGCCUCGCAGUGGGGAGGAAAAGGAUGCGCUGCGCGCGGAGAUGGAGGCAUUCUACGAGCGGUAUCGGGCAAGGGCGAGGGAGGAUGCUGAGCGGGGUAAGGAGACGGAGGAGGCAAAAGCUGCGUCGAGAAGAGCGACGGAUGGCCUUGCUGAGCGGUUGGUUGACCAGAUGAAGGUCGCGGUUGAAGGGUGGUUCAGGUGGAUGGAUGAGAACCCGGACCAGGGUUUGGCUAGGGAUGAGGUUGUGUUGGAGAAGAGCUCAUAG